AUGAUAUCAACCGUUCAAGGCCUGAGACCAAUACCACCAGCUGUGACGGAGAUUGGAGAUCCUAACGGCCAUCACGAGAUCCCUGAACCUAACUUCAGUUCUACGCGGCCAUGUCGAAGAUGUUCGCCAGUGUUUGAAAUACCUGCAACAGGUUGGCUAGAUACUCCAGUCGGGGAACAACAUGGUUCUACCAUCCAGGAGGCAACAGCACAAGCAAGCACAGAGAAACCUCCGCAAGCAACGAUAUCGAUUGGUGCAUCUGACGUCGUCAUCGGCCAAGAUCCAAGUGGCGGUGGUUUCGUAGUAGGGGGUUCUCUCACUCUUACACCUGGUCAGGCAAUUACUGUCGGAGACAUACCUAUUGCAAUAGAAACAUCAGAUGGCAAGACGAAGGUUGUCGUUGGUACUGCCGUCAUCUCGCUGCAGCCUGCGCAGCCUGCACUUACUGAACCUCCUGUCUCGCUGCCACCAAUUCCACUUCCACCGACACUCACCAUCGGUACCAGAACCAUCGCGCCCAAUGCGCAGGCGCAAUACGUAAUUGUAGGCCAAACACUUUCUCCUGGCGGCGAACCACUGACUAUAUCUGGAACAACACUAAAGCUCGCACCUUCGGCGACAGCGCUCAUCGUCAAUGGCGAAACGUCCAGUAUCACUCCAAUAUUUGGCGAUGUAUACACCACAGUCGCAGCUGCCUUGACCUUCAAAGAUCACGUCUACACGCCGAAUCGCGCUGGCUACAUCAUCAUGGGUCCUGGCACAACUCUUGUUCCGGGAGGCACGCCCAUCACUGUCGAUGGCACAACUCUGAGCCUGGAGCACAGUGGCACUGCUGUAGUCGUCCAAGGUGCUACGAAGACUCUCCAGCCUGUCACCACAAUCGUCACAUUAACGCGGGAGCCAAAUCCGUUGGGAAUUGGUUCCGGUGAAAGUGGAGGAAGCGUUUAUGGGCAGUCGACUAGCAAUGGCUAUGUUUACCCCACAGGAGACCCGAUAAUCGCUGGUGCGGUGCGAACUCGUAGUACGAUAGCGGGCAAUUGGCCAGCAGGCUUGCUGUUGCUGGUAUGGUGGAGUGUGGGGUAUCUCGCAAUCCGACUAUGA